AAAUUUGCUUACAAAGUUACGGCCCUGCAACCCCACUUCACCUAAAAUCUAUGGUUUACCCAAAAUUCACAAGCCAGACUGGCCUUUGAGACCUAUUGUCAGUCAGAUUGAUUCACCCACAUACAUGGCAUCAAAACAUCUCGCGACGUUACUCAAACCGUUUACAGGCAAUACCAGUAGUUUUGUUAAAGACUCGAAACACUUCGUUCAUAUAAUUAAAAAUGAAAUUAUUAGUGACUCAGAGAUUAUGGUGAGUUUUGAUGUGGAGUCCUUGUUUACGAAUGUUCCUGUGGAAGAAGUAAUUUCAUUAAUUAAGGGUUUCAUAACGGAUUCAAAACUACCAUCGGCUUACUUGGAUUUGAGUGAGUUUUGUCUUAAAAGUGGUUAUUUUAUGUGGCGAGGUGACUAUUAUAGCCAAAUAGACGGUGUUGCCAUGGGGUCGCCGAUUGCACCUGUAGUGGCCAAUAUAUUUAUGGAGUGGGUGGAACGCGAGUUGGUCGAUAAAAUGACGUAUAGACCGCGUUUUUGGCUGCGUUAUGUGGAUGAUGUGUUUGCCAUUGUAAACAGGGAUGAUUUGGCCAUAAUAUUCCAGUGUCUCAACAGUCUACAUGAGAAGGUUCAUUUUACGAAAGAGGAAGAAAAAGAGGGCGGUCUGCCAUUUUUAGACGUGAUGGUGAUCCGGGGGUCUGGUGGUGAAUUACAUACAACGGUGUACCGAAAACCGACUCACACCAACAGAUAUCUCCAUGCGAGUUCGCACCACCAUCCAUCGCAGAUAUCGUCGGUACCAAGAAGCCUCAUAAAUCGAGCCCUAAGUCUUUGUGACCCACCCUAUAUUGAGUGCGAACUAAGAGUAGUGAGACAGGCGCUGGAGAACAAUGGCUAUAGUUGGCGUCAGAGUUCCAGAUGGGCACAAACAACAACUAGGCGGAAACCGUCCUGUGUGAACCGGUCACCAGUGUACUUAACAUAUGUGAAGGGCGUGACGGACAAAAUCAGCCACUAUCUCCAACGGAGAUUUGAUAUAGUGACGCGGUUUCGUCCACCUGCAUUGGUGAAGAGUAUACUGCGAUCGCCUAAGGAUAGGGAUCCGCUGAACGUGCCCGGGGUGUACAAGAUUCCGUGUGACUGUGGUAAGUCAUACAUCGGUGAGACUCGCCGUAACAUCACCACAAGAGUAAAAGAACACAUACGGAGCAUGAAGAAUGUGGACACGGACGGUUCAGCAAUAGCCGAGCAUGUUCUAGCUUCGGGUACGACUCAUUAUAUCCGUUUUAAUAAGGCUUCUGUAUUGUCAAGGGAAAAGUUUCUAGUACCUCGUAAGAUACGUGAAGCGAUAGAAAUUAGUCGUCACCCGAAUUUUAAUCGGGAUCAUGGAUGGUUGCUGCCCACAGCGUGGAAACCGCUAUUUCUUUCAUUGUCACAUACAACAAACUUGGAACAAGAUAGCAUUAGUUCGGUUUGCUUACAAGAAGACGAGUCUAAUGAAGAUGACAUUAAUGAACCCUCAUGACUAAGGGCCCCGUAUGGGUUCGAAACUAGUCGGGCAUACUCCGACGUAAUAUCACGUGAGUUUUAGCCGUGUUUCAUAAUCAAUUAAUAUGAAUAACACUCACGAUAGUUUAAAUUCUA